UCGUCUUUCUUCAUUACAAAAAAUAGUUUCCAAAACUAAAAACAUCCUUCUGUUCGUUCGUAUAUAUAUAGAUAGAUUCUUCUGCUCACUCAUAUCUUUCGCUGGCUGUUCGUUUCCUUUCCUUUCCUUUUUGCCAUUUCCAUUUCCAUUUCCUUUUUUCCUUUCUUAUCUCUCCUCCUUGCUUUCUUCAGCAAAUAUAUCACAUCUCUCUCUCGCAAGUAUUUCUUCAUUAGCGAUUUCUCAAUACAUAAAAGUUUAUUUUGUUUUUGGUCAUUGUUUUCAUAAUCACCCAUUGUCUUCUUAUAGAAACCAGUUUUCUUUCAUGCAAAAUACCUUUGUCUUGUAAUUUAUAGCUGUUCAAUACUGAGCCCAAAUAUUACACACCAUGUUAUUUGAACUCAGUAGUUGUCAAACUGGGUUUCCUUGAAACCACUGCUUAUGAUCAAUGAAGAGACGUUCCUAGAGAUCUAAGGUAAGGAUCUUUCUUUCUUCUCCUCAAGGCAAGAUCAGGAAUAUAUGCAGAUGGAGCCAAUGAAGUCAAAGAUUAGAGGGAUGUUUACUCAGGGGAAUAAGGAGGACUCUUUUGUUGGCAGAGGCAAUAUGAAUAUUGUUGACGAAUGGGAAAUUAGGCCAGGAGGAAUGUUAGUUCAAAAGAGAACUACUGCUGAUUCCAAUCACAAUUCUGUUCCUGUUUCCACUAUUAAAGUUAGAGUCAAAUAUGGUUCUUCAUUUCAUGAGAUUAGUAUCAGUUCACAAGCAAGCUUUGGGGAACUGAAGAAAAUGCUAGCACAACACACAGGAGUGCACCAUGAGGAUCAAAAGCUGAUAUACAAGAAGAAAGAGAGAAACUCCAAGGCGUAUUUAGAUACCGCAGGAGUCAAAGAUGGAUCCAAAAUUGUGUUAACUGAGGACAUUACCAGCCGCCAAAGGCGGUGUCUUGAGAUGCUUAAAACUGCUAAAAUAAAAAAGGGUUCAAAGUCAUUGCAACAGAUCACCGUGGAUGUUGACCGACUUGGCGAAAAGGUGACAUCCUUGGAAACAACUUCUAAAGGAGGAAAAAUUGCAGAGAAAGAUGUGGAGGAAUUGACUGCGAUGUUGAUGGAAAAAUUAGUAGCAUUGGAUGGAAUUUUUGUUGAGGGAGACUUGAAGUUGCAGAAGAGAAUGCAGGAAAGGAGAGUUCAACAGUACAUUGAAACUCUUGAUAAGCUGAAGUUAAACUAUUCUACUGCUGAUAGCAAUGGAGGAAAAAUCCCAUUGCAGCAACAAGAUAAUUCAAUGGGUAAAAUGCCAAUACCAAAGCAAAGGCCAAUUCAAAGCGAAGGACGCAAAAUCCCAUUGCAGCCACAAGAUAAUUCAAUAGGCACAACGCCAAUAGCAAUGCAAAAGCAGUCAAUUCAAAGAAAUGGAGGCAAAAUCCCAUUGCAGAAACUCGAAAAUUCAACCGGGAAAAUGCCAAUACCAAGGCAGAAAGAGUCAGUUCAAUCCAAGCAGCAGAAUGCUACAAUGCAAAUGCCAACACAGCAGCAGCGACCGAUAUUGAGGCAUUCUGAGUCUUUUGUGGUGACAACAACAUGGGAAACUUUUGAUUAAGCUGCGGAGCUAAUGUUUCUGCGAGUUCUAAGCUGAAUUGGGAACAGUUAAAAGAAAAAAACCGGUUAGCGAUGCGUGGGUCUCCAUUCUUAGAUGUUGUCAGUCUCUCUGGUUCCUUUACUCAUUCUUGCUGUUUUAGGUUUAUGAUCUGUUUUUAUUUUUAAAUAAACUAAAUUGGCUCUUUGCAAAUUGUAUAUAACAUAUAGCAAAAUAUGGUGCAUAGCAAAGGAAGGAUUGUUUUUUAUGCACUACAACAUGUUAUAAGAGUAGUUAGAAAUUGGGGC